CACCAUGCGGGGUUAGAUUGUACAUUUUCAUUCUGUCUUUCUCGUUCCCCAUGCCUUGGAUAAGACUAUUUUCAGGAUCGUGAAUAUCUCUCCGUAUCAUGGCCCACGUGAGACACUUUCGGACAUUAGUUUCGGGAUUUUACUUCUGGGAAGCAGCACUGUUACUCAGUUUGGUUGCCACAAAGGAAACAGAUAGUGCAAGAUCUCGAAGUGCUCCAAUGUCACCUUCUGAUUUUCUGGAUAAAUUAAUGGGCAGGACAUCAGGAUAUGAUGCAAGAAUCAGACCCAAUUUUAAAGGCCCUCCAGUUAAUGUCACAUGCAACAUAUUCAUCAACAGCUUCGGCUCUAUCGCAGAGACGACCAUGGAUUACAGAGUGAAUAUCUUUCUUCGUCAGAAAUGGAAUGAUCCCCGCCUCGCGUACAGUGAAUAUCCUGACGACUCUUUAGACCUCGACCCCUCCAUGUUGGACUCCAUUUGGAAACCUGAUUUGUUCUUCGCCAAUGAAAAGGGUGCCAACUUUCAUGAAGUCACUACAGACAACAAAUUGCUAAGAAUUUUCAAAAAUGGAAAUGUUCUUUAUUCAAUAAGAUUAACAUUAACACUUUCCUGUCCAAUGGAUCUCAAGAAUUUUCCCAUGGAUGUACAAACAUGUAUAAUGCAACUGGAAAGCUUUGGGUACACAAUGAAUGAUCUCAUUUUUGAAUGGCAAGAUGAGGCACCCGUACAAGUGGCAGAAGGACUCACUUUGCCCCAGUUUCUGUUGAAAGAAGAAAAAGAUUUACGAUACUGCACUAAACAUUACAAUACAGGAAAGUUUACGUGUAUAGAAGUGCGAUUCCAUCUGGAGCGACAAAUGGGAUACUAUCUGAUCCAGAUGUACAUUCCCAGUCUCCUGAUUGUUAUUCUAUCCUGGGUUUCGUUCUGGAUCAACAUGGAUGCAGCACCGGCCAGGGUAGCUCUGGGGAUAACCACUGUGCUAACGAUGACUACACAGAGUUCAGGAUCACGAGCUUCCUUGCCAAAAGUUUCAUAUGUCAAAGCUAUUGAUAUUUGGAUGGCAGUAUGCCUCCUUUUUGUGUUUUCAGCACUUCUGGAGUAUGCAGCUGUAAAUUUUGUAUCAAGACAACACAAAGAACUUCUGAGAUUUCGACGAAAGAGAAAGAAUAAGGAUGAUGAGGUAAGGGAAAGCCGAUUCAGCUUCACAGCCUAUGGAAUGGGACCAUGUCUACAAGCAAAGGAUGGCAUGACUCCAAAGGGCCCCAACCACCCUGUCCAGGUAAUGCCAAAAAGUCCUGAUGAAAUGAGGAAGGUCUUUAUCGACCGGGCCAAGAAGAUUGACACCAUCUCCCGAGCCUGCUUCCCAUUAGCUUUUUUGAUUUUUAAUAUUUUCUACUGGGUUAUCUAUAAAAUUCUUAGGCAUGAGGAUAUUCAUCAGCAGCAAGAUUAAGUCUCUGGGGGCAUGCAAAUUCAAAUGGUCAAUUCAGAAGAAAGUGUCUCUGCCAUAGGUGUGUAUGUGUACAUGUGUGCGUGUGGUAUACAAAUGAUGACCAUUGUAUUAAAAUGGCAUAUGGAAAAGGUUUGUAUUUUGGUUAGCUAUGCAAAGUCAUGAGAAAGAUGAGAUUCUUUUAAUGAAUAUAAAAUAUUUAUUAGGGGAUUCUAUUUCAUAUUAAUGCCAGGUGAUUUGUUUUUUCACAGUAAACCGUGUAAGUGGAAGCUUUACUGCCAAUGUGUUUAUAUGUUAUAUAAUAUCUCAUAAUAGUAGACAUGAAAACUACUUUGAAAUUCCUUGAUUUGUAAUUCAAUGCUAUUAAAUCAUACAAAAGCAAAUUUUGCACAGUAAAUUUUAUGAAAGGAAAAGGGGGAAAUUAUAAAGAUAAUAAAAACCAAUAGUUUGAGAUUUAAAACUAUUUUCUUAUAGUAUAGUUACAAAAUGGGAAAAUAAUUAGUUACAGUGGGAAAUUCACUCAUAUUAAUGGAGGAUUGUACAUAUAAAUACUAUUUAAACAACAUAUGUAAUUUUGAAAAUUUUUAAAUAAGAGCAUUAAAAGACUUUAAUGAUUUGGAAUACUAAAUUUAAUUGUUUAGAAUAUUAAGUUUUCCUCUGUGCAAAUUUAAAACAAAUAACAAGAGAUCGUGUUACAGUCACAGUCUACUUUUCUUAAACUUUAUAUCUCUAGGAACGAAGGUGGAAAUAUGGAAAACAACUUUGUUUUUAAAUAAGUGUUAUAGCUAUGUAUUUUUAAGUUAUUGCCAAACAUUGAACAAUUCAAGCCAGCAUCCUUGUUUUUGUUAGACUUUUAAUAGCUGCUUAACUGUAUGUGAUUGUGUUUAAUAAUUUGAUAUAACAGGACAAAAUUCAGUAAGACUUUUAUAUUUUAGUUUAGAAUGUGACUUUAAAAUUCAAUGGGAUUAAAGUAUUUACAUUUUGAUAAAAAUGAAUACAAUGAAAACAAAAUGGAUUCAUGGAAGAUUUUUUAAUAAAAACCAUUUUCCCAUCAAUGUUUUAUGGGUCUCAACUCCUAUCUCCAAAUAUAAGGAGGGAAAGUUUUAAUUUUAAAUGAUAUAAGUAAGUCAUUUCUAUAAAGUGAGGACUCUUUUUCUAUUUCUGAAUUAAUGAUUUCAAAAUCUAAGCCAUUCGCAAGAUGCGAAUAAUUUUAAAUGAAAUUUUUACAUAAAAUUUUUCAAUGACCCCAUGGGAUUACUUCAACAAAAACAGAGCAUCAGUAACUUGUUUUUUGCAGUGUAAUUGGGUGCAAAUGUAUGAUAGAGUUCUUGGUAAACAGAACCAGACUCUGACUCUUUUUCAGUUUUGCUAUUUUUUUAACUAUUUUUACCAUAAAUUUAUUUGGAAAAGCUUUGGAAUGCUUUUUAGGUAUUUUAAUUAUUGGUCAGAUGCACAAACUCAGUCCACCAAAUUAUUCAC